AUGGGUGGCAGCCCAGCCCCGCUCCUCUCUGGCUGGGACGUUGCCUGGAGCGGCUUUCCCCUGCGGUUCGCCCGCAUGCGUGCUCUGCUGCUGGAGGAGGUGCCCUUGGAGGUGCUACGGCAACGAGAGUCCAAGUGGCUAGACAUGAUCAACAUCUGGGACAAGUGGAUGGCCAAGAAACACAAGAAGAUCCGGCUGCGGUGCCAGAAGGGGAUCCCGCCCUCGCUGCGGGGCCGAGCCUGGCAGUACCUCUCCGGGAGCAAGGUCAAGCUGGAGCAGAACAUGGGCAAGUUCGACGAACUGGAUCUCCUCCCGGGCGACCCGAAGUGGCUGGAUGUGAUCGAACGGGAUCUCCAUCGGCAGCAGGACCUAUUUCGGGUGCUGAAGGCAUACACGCUGUACCGCCCGGAGGAGGGCUACUGCCAGGCCCAGGCCCCCAUCGCCGCCGUCUUGCUCAUGCACAUGCCGGCCGAGCAAGCGUUCUGGUGCCUGGUGCAGAUCUGCGAGAAGUACCUCCCCGGCUACUACAGCGAGAAGCUGGAGGCCAUUCAGCUGGAUGGGCAGAUCCUCUUCUCGUUGCUGCACAAGGUCUCGCCCGUGGCCUACAAACACCUGAGCAAGCAGAAGAUCGACCCCAUCCUCUACAUGACGGAGUGGUUCAUGUGCGCCUUCUCCCGCACGCUGCCCUGGAGCUCCGUCCUGCGCGUAUGGGACAUGUUCUUCUGUGAAGGGGUGAAGAUCAUCUUCCGGGUGGGCCUCGUGCUGCUCAAACACACUCUGGGCUCCUCGGACAAGCUCAAGUCCUGCCAGGGCCAGUACGAGACCAUGGAAAGGCUGAGGGCCCUCAGCCCCAAGAUCAUGCAGGAGACCUUCCUGGUGCAGGAGUUUGACAUCUACAAGGAGGAGAGCGGCGAGUGUGUCCCCGUCACCUGCGACGAAGUGAGCAACGGCUUCCUCAAGCCCAAGCAGGCCGCCAGCCCCACGCUGCACCCCGUCCAGAGCCCCCAGACCCGCUUCUGCGUCCUGACCGUGGCCCCCGACACGCUGCCCGCCAUCGCCACCAUGCUCAUCGACGUCCUCUUCUACUCCCACAGUGUCACCCCUGUCCUGUCCGUGGCUGACACCUGCUGCCCCCCAACCUGGCGGCUGUCCACACUGCAGACCCUGCGGAGUCAUGAGACGCUGGUGACGCGCGCCGAAGUGAUGAAGAAAUUGCAGCCGUCCCAUGCGGUCAACGCUGUCACCAAAGGGCUCUUCAUCCUCUGGGCGGUGCCGGGCCAGGGGGGGCGGCCCCUGCAGCCCCCCACCCUGCAGCAGAUCCAGGCGCUGGUGAGGCACAUGGCAGAGGAUGCACAGGAGCUUUUCAACUUCUACGAGGAGAACCAGGGCCUGGCCAUCAACAGCAGCUGCCCCGCCGACCCACCCGGCCCCACAGCACCCACUAAAGUCUUCCGGCAGAAGCUGGAGGGGUGCCGGAUACUCUGGAGCUACGCCCGCUUCAUGGCCAAGCUCAACGCCCAGCUGGAGGCCAGGAGCCGCCGAGCACACCGGGAGAAGCGAAGAUCACACCGGGGCUCACGCCUGCCUGCACGCUCCUAG